AAAUAAACAGAGAAAGAAAGAACAGGCUGAACCCAGAGCUAAAAUGGGAGGACAACCAGCAGCCACCUGCUUGUGUCCUUCACAUCUUCACACACACAUUGGACAUGGUCACACAGGCCCGACGGGCUGCAGUAAUUAAGUCUAUCUGAGUUGUGCUACUUUGUAGGGAGAAUGUCAAAGGGAGAGCAGCAAGACCUGGUGGUGAUUAAAGAACUAGAGUUGAUCCUUGACUGCUGCAAGCUUGAAUUGACACCGCUAGAUGAGGUCUGGCCUAAUCUCUACAUCGGAAACAUGGCCAUUGCUCAAAACAGAGCUGCAUUAAAGAAACUUGGCAUUACACAUGUCUUGAACGCAGCUCACUCUAAGCAGGGUAGCAUUGGGGACCAGGAUUACUAUGGAAACACAUGUGUGUACUGUGGCUUUCCUGCAGAAGACUCGUCCCAUUUUGACCUCAGCCAGUACUUCAAACCUGCAGCUGACUUCAUAAACAAGGCCCUGCAGACUAAAGAUGGGAAGGUUUUGGUGCAUUGCAUCAUGGGUGUAAGUCGUUCAGCCACGCUGGUGCUGGCGUUCCUAAUGCUGCACUGCCGUCUCCCGCUCCGCAGUGCACUUGAGCAUGUGACCCAGCGACGAGCCAUCUACCCCAACAGACACUUCCUGUCACUACUGCUGACCCUCGACACACAGCUCAAACGCAAGAGGCGACUUUGUCCUAUUCUCUGACAGUCCCUUUCUCAUUCAUACAUUACCUUCUCUCAUCCCUCCCUCCCUCCUUUCUCCUCAUCCCUUUUUUCUCCUACCCAGCCAUCCAUCUCACAUACAAUCCAUUGUAAAUACUGAUUAUGUAGUAGGACUUUGCAUUAGGUACCAGCUGGUCCUAUAUCACAGCAUGUUGUAUAUACUGAGUGUUACCAUGUCUUGAAGCCAUUAUUCCCAGGAGAGAAUGUCAAUAGUCACUGUCUUUACAUAUAAAAUAAUUAUAAUUGGGACUUUUCAUCAUUCUUGUGUUAGCCAGAGGUGAUACACUUAGCUCCAAAUGUACUUGGACAGUGAUGCUAAAAUUAUAUUCUAAAUUCCAUACUGUACUCCAGCAAUUAUGGUUCACAUUAGGCAACAGUACAGACUGUCAUUUUGAUACAGUGGGAUCCACUGUAAAUAUAAGCGCUUUCUUUUGUCAAUAAUUGGACAAUAAUCUCUAUAUUUUAUAACAAUAUUCAAGUCUCGGGUUUGCGACACUUCAUUUUCCCAUUUAUUACACAGUGCUGAACAAUAGCUCGUGUCAGGUUUUUAAACACAUCCAUGAUUUAUUCUAGAUAUUUCUUGAAAGGGCCUGUGUGGUGAGAAGCUUGAUAAUAUGUUCAUAAACAUAAGAAAUAUUUUCCGCAUGAUGAAGUUGAAUUAAAGCUGCCUCUAAUGUUUAAAAGACUACAUUUUAAACAACAACAUGACUUUUCUCUUCCCUUUCCCUUACUGAACGAUACUGGAAUAGUAUUAGGGUGGUUUAAAGUGGGGAAGUGGGGGAACUGACAGACAAACCAGUGAGAAUGUUACAAAUUGCUCCUUAAACACACUAACAGAAAAAUGGUUGACAUUUUCAGACGCUGCUAGGAAUUUAACAAUAUUUGGGUGGGAUGGUACUUUUCACCCACCAUGUGACAUCACAGUUUAAUUUGCGUUUCAUACUCAGAUACUCCUGCCAUUAUUUGCAACACGCUGCUAGUAGAGAGGCUACCUGGCUUCCUUAGCUAGACUUUCUAUUGUAGAGCA